AUGUCACAAGUUCUGAAGAUCUGUGACAAAGCUUGCAAGUACGUGAACAAGACGUUGUACAACCUCUACGUGACGGACAACGGCACGGACUUGCAAAAUAGCGUGGUGCUCGGAGGCGUCAACGGCUCCGUGCUUGUGCCCAAGAAUCUCUACACUGAGGCCUUCGCCAACUGCAGUGACAGUGUCGUCACAGCGCCAGAGGAGUUCUACGAGAACUACGUACUCGGCGUCAGCACCGGAAUUCAAGAUCUGGGGCGUAUACAAGUGGGGCUCGUGAUCGGCCUUGCCCUAUCAUGGGUCGCCGUCUUCUUGUGCGUCUUCAAGGGAGUCCGGUCCUCCGGAAAGGUGUCGUACUUCACGGCGGUCACCCCGUUCUUCAUCCUCGGCGUGCUGCUGCUGAGGGGCGUCACCCUGGAAGGAGCUGGCAACGGUCUCUCCUACUACUUCUACCCGCAGUGGGAAAAGCUCAAGCUGUUCAAGACGUGGAGAGCCGCGGCCGUGCAGAUCUUCUUUUCCAUCAGUCUCGCCCAGGGCCUGAACAUGUGCCUCGCCAGUUACAACGACUUCAACAACAACAUCGUGCGGGACGUAUACAUCAUUGCGGCGACGGACUCCUGCGUCAGCAUCUUCGGCGGCGUCGUCAUCUUCUCCGUCUUGGGAAACAUGGCGCACCAGCUUGACGUGCCCGUGCCAGACGUUGUACAGUCGGCCUUCGGCCUGGCGUUCGUGGUGUAUCCGCAGGCGCUCAGUCUCCUCGAGUUUCCGCGCUUCUGGUCGGUGACCUUCUUUGGAAUGCUCUUCCUGCUCGCCAUCGACUCGGAGUUCGGCUUCGUGGAGGCCGCCCUGACUCCGCUAAAAGACGAGGUCCAGGUGUUCCGUAUCCACGAGACGGCCGUGGCCACUGUGUGCUGCGUCUUCUUUUUCAUCAUGGGACUGCCUAUCGCGUCGCAGGGAGGGCUGUACAUACUGACGCUCAUGGACGAGUUCGUCUCCAGCCACUUAAUCCCUUGGGUCGGCGUAGCCGAAAUGGUUACCCUCGUGUUUGGAUACGGCAUCUCGCGAAUGAUCGCCGACAUGGAGUUUAUGCUCGGAGGUGCGCCGGGCGUGUUCAUGUACAUCACAUGGAAGUACUGUCUGCCCGUGGCUGUGGCGGUCAUCGCCGUGACAUCGCUCACCAACUUCGAGUCGGUGACGGUGAAACGGCACGGCGUUCCCUACGAGUUCCCGCUGUGGUCCCAGAUUGCCGGCUUCGUGGUGGCCGGCAUCGGUCUGGCCUUGAUACCCAUCGUCGCUCUCAAGGAACUCCGGGUCGCCAAGUGGGACUUUCGGAAGGCGAUCUCCCCUCUCGACAACUGGGGUCCCAAGAGCUUCGAAGACCGCCGCCGCUACCGGCUAUUCAUGGUCGACAAGGGUUUCAUGAAGGCCGAGGAAGCUGAGAGACUGAACGAGAGCGAGAAGGAGCUGCGCGAGCUCGAAAUCAAGGAGAAGGCACUGGAAGAGGCCAAUGGGGCUGCUGAGGCUGCUGAGGCGCAGAAGCCAGCAGACAAGCCAGAGCCAGGCGCAGCCGGCGAGAUUGCCAAGCCGGAGAUCAAGGAAGAACCAAAAGCGGGGCCAAAAGCGGAUGCUAAAGGGGAGGCCAAACCAGCUGCAAAAGCGGAUGCAAAAGCGAUUGCUAAACCAGCUGCAAAAGCGGAUGCAAAAGCGGAUGCUAAACCAGCUGCAAAACCGGCUGCAAAAGCGGAUGCUAAACCGGAGGCAAAGAAAUAA